AUGGCCGUGUGUGCCCGGCUGUGCGGCGUGGGGCCCGCCCGCGGCUGCCGCCGGCGCGGCGCCGCCAGGGAACAACGCCGCGGCAACGCCGACAGCGAGCCCGACACCGAUACGGACCCCGAGGAAGCGGGAGGUGGGGCCGUCACGGAGGACGAUGAAGCCGCAGAACGCAUUGAGGGCGGGCGGCCGCUGCCGCCUUCUGUCGAGGCCGGCCCGGCCGGGCGGGCCCCGCUGUCCUUGUUGGAGCUGCCCCCGGAGCUCCUGGUGCAGAUCUUCGGCUCCCUGCCCGGUACCGACCUGCCCAGCCUGGCCCGGGUCUGCACCACCUUCCGCCGCAUCCUCCGCACCGACACGAUCUGGCGGCGGCGCUGCCGCGAAGAAUAUGGGGUGUGUGAGAACCUGAGGAAGCUGGAGAUCACAGGAGUGUCCUGCCGAGAUGUUUACGCCAAACGUAUAAACCCCCGGGUGAAGUCGGGGCGGUUCAUGCGAAUCCUGCCCGACUACGAGCACAUGGAGUACAGAGAUGUUUACACCUGCCUGCUGCACCGCUACCGGCACAUCCUGGGACUGUGGCAGCCGGACAUCGGGCCCUACGGGGGACUGCUCAACGUGGUGGUGGAUGGUUUGUUCAUCAUUGGCUGGAUGUACCUGCCCCCUCAUGACCCUCACGUGGAUGAUCCCAUGAGAUUCAAGCCCCUCUUCAGGAUCCACCUGAUGGAGAGGAAAUGUGCCACGGUGGAGUGCAUGUAUGGCCACAAGGGACCUCAUAAUGGCCACAUCCAGAUCGUAAAGAAGGACGAGUUCUCCACCAAGUGCAACCAGACAGAUCACCACAGGAUGUCAGGGGGCAGGCAGGAGGAAUUCCGUACGUGGCUGAGGGAGGAGUGGGGUCGGACGCUGGAAGACAUUUUCCAUGAACACAUGCAGGAGCUCAUCCUGAUGAAGUUCAUCUACACCAGCCAAUAUGACAACUGCCUGACGUACCGGCGCAUCUACCUCCCCCCCAGCAGCCCCCAGGACCUCAUCCAGCCAGGCCUCUUCAAAGGCACCUACGGGAGCCACGGGCUGGAGAUUGUCAUGCUCAGCUUCCAUGGCAAGAAAGCCAAGGGCACCAAGAUCACUGGAGAUCCCAACAUCCCAGCUGGACAGCAGACUGUGGAGAUAGACCUGGCACACCCUCUGCAGCUGCCUGACAUCGAGACCCUGCGUGACUUCAGCGAGCUGUCCCGCAUGGUGCUCGAGGUGCAGGAGCAGGUCCGGCGCGAGGAGCAGGAGCGGGAGCAGCGGCAGGAGGAGCAGGAGCAUUCCCAGCAGGCUGCCUCCCAGCCUGCCAGCCCCCUGGGAGGAGAGGGUGCUGAGGGGGAAGAGACUGCAGCUGGGGCUGAGGGGACGACCCAGGACAAGGCCCCGGCUUCCCAGCCCUUCGUGCUGCCCACGGGAGUGAUCUCGAGGAAUGAGGAUUAUCCCCGCACCUGCCGAGUCUGUUUUUAUGGCACAGGCCUCAUUGCUGGCCACGGCUUCACCAGCCCCGAGAGGACGCCGGGGGUGUUCGUGCUGUUCGACGACGAUCGCUUCGGCUUCAUCUGGCUGGAGCUGAAAUCCUUCAGCCUCUACAGCCGCAUCAAGGUCUCCUUCCAGAACGCCCAGGCACCCUCCCAGGAGGCCUUUGAUGAGAUGCUCAAGAACAUUCAGUUCCUGGCUACUUGAUGGGUGUUUGUGGUGCAGGACAGGGCUCGGGGUGGCCAAGGCUGCUGCGCUCCCCAGCCGGGCUGGCCGGGGAUCCUCGCUCUGGGUACCUCUGGAUAGAAGCAUGCACUUUGAAUAAAGCCUUUGUACCCCAAAUGUACACACAUCCCUCUGCAGCCCUCCCUGACUGCCCUUUCCUCUGUGCCACUCCACGCUGCUUCCCAGCAGUCCUUGUUUCCCAGGCUGUGCUUUGGAGAGCUGAAGGAUCCUGCAGAGGAGGGAACACACCUUCCUUAGUGCAAAACAGGAAUGUAUUGGGACAAACCCAACUUCUGGUCAGAGCUGGACAGAGGAACAGGCAGUGACAAAGCACAUCCUCCUCUCCAGAGCCUUUCUGUGGGUGCAGCAUUGCCAGGAGAGGUUGGUGUGAUAACUUCAUCCUUGCUCAUUGCAGUGUGUGGUUUCCUCUGGAGAAUCCCCUCAGCCAGGGCAGGAUCCCCACUGCAGAUGAGUGUGUGCAGCAUUGGCCUGGCUUCUGGAGCUUGAUGGAUGUGCUGUCCCUGGAGCUCCAGGUCUGGCUGAGACCAGACAUUAUUUUUUCUCCUUUCAGGAGCUGGGUGUGGGACUGGAGAUGGGUGUAAACUGCAAAAGCUCUGAUGUGUUAGACUGGUUUGUACCUGAAAGGUUUUCUCUUGUAGAGUGGAUCUGAAAAGGCACAGGAAGGAGCCAAAAGAAACCCAGGUGUGAGCUGAGCCCAGCAGGCUCCAGCUGGGCAGCAGAAGGUGCCACAGGUCCUGUGUGACCCCAGGGCUGCCAUUCCUGCUCAGGUUUGCCCUUCAGAGUGCAGAGUGACAAGGGCUUGUCCUUGUACUGUGUGGCUUGUGGCUGCUGGAGUGGUGGGUGCUGUGCCCCACUCACAGAGCCCUUUUCCCCUUUCUUUUGCACUGUUUGAUCCCAGAUGGUUUUGUGGCAGACGUGAGCUCCAGUGAGAAUUGUGUGCUGCAGGAGGGGAGCAGGUUCCCUUUGGCUGUGCAGGAAAAUCCUGGCCAGUGAGUGGUGCUCACAGCCAUCUCCAGGCUGUGAGUGGUGCUGGGAAACAUCAGCACUAACUGAGCCCUUUGCUGCAGCUGCCCUCUGGCUGUGAUGACAAACUCCAAGUCCCUUCUCUUCUCCCCAGAUCAGUGUCUGACAAACCCCUGCUUGUUACAGCUCUGCAGUUUUAGGUCUGUGAAUGUGUCUGGACCUGCUCUGGGAGGUUUCUGUGGAGAAGCUUCAGUCCCUGCCUGGUUCCAGUGCCUGUGAGCAGCUUUUGUUCUCACUCUCACAAGGGCUUUUUGCUUUUUCUGGCUCUCGUGUGUUCCCUCAGCUGUGUGAGAAGCCAGGCUCCAGCAGCAGCUCGUGUCAGUCACAGGAUUCAUUCCUGUCUCUCUGGACAGAGUUCUCCAAACCUCUGGGAAUUUGAAGGUGAUUUAGGGCACUUUUUGCUUUGUUUCCUGCAGCUUUGUGAGGAGUGCCUCAGUGUUGGGGUGAGGAGCUGUUUCAGGCUGGAGAAUGAGCUGGGAAAGGCAGGGUGGUUGUGAGAUUUCCUGCAGAAGGAGGAGCCAGCUGGGAUCUCAGAGGGCUGGGAGGGAGGAAGGGGCUGCUCUGUGUGCCUUGGGUGGGCAGAGAGGGGCUGGAAUUGGGCACCCCAGCCUUGUGCUGCUCCUGCCUGGGCUGCACAGAGGUUUCCACUUUGGUGCAGGUUUCUGGGACAGCUGGAGGUGUUCAGUGCUGGGUUAAUGGUUGGACUCAAUCUCAGAGGUCUUUUCCAACCUAAAUGAUUCUGUGAUUAGGACUUUAUUAGGUGUCUCAGUGGUCUGUUUAUAUUGGAAUUUGCUGUUGGGCUGCUGCAGUUCUGCCUUGUGUCUGACAGCCCAAAGGGAGGGGAGAUGUCCCCUUGGGCAGCUGCUCCCAUUGCCUGUCCCUAAAGCCAGCUCUUCUUCAGCUGCAUCUGUAGCUCUGAUUGCAGUUUCCUCCCCACUUAAUAUCCCCACCAAAAAAAAUCCUAAAGUUUUACACAACUGACUUGAUAAUUUUUGCUUUCAGCUUUUAAAUUACAAUUUUUUUUUUUAAAUGGAGGUUAAAAUCCAGAUUGCAUUGAUUGCCCUGCAGGUACCUGAGGCUUGAGUCACUCUCCCAGGUACUGACCCGUGUGUAGCCUCUGUCCUGUGUCACCUGGGCAAGGUGUCCCCUGUUUGUUGUUGGCACAGGUUGUGCAUCUGCUCUGCACCAGGCUGCCUGUCCCUUCUGAGCCUUUCCAGUGGCAGUGCCAGGGGUCUCCUGAUGGCCAAACCUGCCAGGAGAGAAGGGCUUUGGUGGGGGCUGAUGCCCUGUGGGAAUUUUCCCAGCUCUGCCUUGCCCCUGUAGUGGCAUCUCUUUAUUUAUAACUCACCUGGCUGGCCUCAAAAUGUCAGGAUAAUUCCUGAUUAAAGGGAAAACUGCAGCUACCCCCCUGGCUCCAUUCUGUCUGGAGCAAAGGAAAUAGCAAAUUUUGUAUUAAUAUUCCUCUGAUGCCUUUUCUCACCUUCUGCUGCUCCAAGCCUGGCAGGCUUUUGUGGCAUUUCAGAAGAAAACUCCCUCUGCUUUGGCUGAGGGUGAGGAGAGCUGAGGGGAGCAUCCAGUGCAGAUGGGUUUGGGGAUGCUGGGAUGCUCCUGUGCCUGUUCCUUUGUGCAUGGCUCUGUCAGUGCUUCCAGAGCAAAGCAGGAUAACAUGGAAUUAAAAUCCAGAACCUUUGGGAAAGGGGAGGCAGAUUUAGGAUUUGCAGUUUGGGGAUGCUCCUGCUUUCCCUGUGCUGCCAGGCCAGGCUUUGCUGUGCUGGGUACAGGCUGUACCAGCCCUGAUUGCCCUCUGCUUCCCCAAGCCCCUCUUUUGCAGCCCUUGGGAUCCCUGUGAGAGCUGUUGACAGGAUGAUGUGUGCUGGGGCCCUGCAGAUGGUGAGGAAUCUCUGCUGCCGCCGCCUCCCCGUCCCGGUGGCUCUGCAGGAAAUCUUGGGGACAAUUGGCUGGAUUCCUUCAGCCCAGAUGGGUGGGAAGUGCUGGCAAAGAUGGAAAACAACUUGUCAGGGGUGGGAAUGCUCUUGGCAGGAGCCUUUUGGAUUGAACAAAGCCUUUGCAGGGAGGUUGCAGAGCCCCAGUGGCCACUGCAAGAGCUGGGGCUGAAUUCUGGCCUGGGGACAGCUUGGGGACAAAUGUCUGGUUCAUGUGGGAUGGGUUCUGCUCCAUCCUGCUCCCUGUGCUGUCAGAACACAUGGAUUUGGCCAGCUGGAAAACAGGAACAUCCAAGCCUCGCUUUGUUUGCCUGGUUUGAGAGCUGUGAAUGUGCUGUGCUGAGGCUGGGGGGCACUCACUGCCCUCCACGGGGGUUUGUCAGGCUGGAUUUCACUGAGGAGGAGGAAAAGGGAUGGAAUUGUUUGUGAAUUUGGGUGUCAGCUGGGAUGGGACAGCAGCACUGGGAGGGCAGCUCCUUAGGAAAUGUGUGCUGGGGAAAAAGGGAAUUAAUUGUGUGCAAACGUGCCUGGAGGUGCCAGCUCCCAGGAAAGGCCCAGACCACAGCUGGCUCCUGUUCACUUCUCAACAAGGAUGACUUCUUCUUGCUUUUUGUUCAUUUAAACCUAGUGGAACUCGAUGGGAGUGUUGGGUGUUGUGUGGAAAUGGGUUGUCUAGGCUCAACUUGCUAGUUUAGGGAAUGGUGAUGUGUUAACUCUGUCUUGUAGCUGGCUGCUGACGUGGCCACUGAUGCUCUGUGCUGUUCAGCCUCCAAAGGCUCCUGCUGCCCUUCCAGUGGGACAGGGAAUUCAUGGUUUGGGAUGUGCAGUGGAGGAGAGAGGUACCAAACUGGGAGUGCCACUGACCUUUGGGUGCUUUGUGUGCUGAACUAAAACGUGUGGUUCUGGUUUUUGUUGGGAUUGCAAUCCCUGGAACUUCUGAGGCAAAGAGCACUUGGCUCUGACUGUGUUCAUUAGCUUAAUUAAAGCAAUCUGCACUUUUGUUUUGUCAUUGAUUACUCCCCCUUCCCAUGUGGAUUUUGCACUCACCACUUUAACAUGACACUGAUGGAUUAAUCUGGGCAUUUCCUGUAGGUUUUGAGUGUGGAUAAGUCUCUAUAAAAGUAUUAGAAAUGAAAGUGAAACAUAAAUCCCUGCUUUGUACAGAGGGCAGUGGGGGGAAACCAUUGGACAUGCACCACCACAAAUAUCCAUGUGGAACAUGAGAAAUUGCAUUUUAACCACCUCACCUGUCCAAGGGCUGGGGUUUUGCCUGUUCUUUUCUUGGUGGCUUUGAGAGGAAUGGGAUGUAUAAAAUGAACACCUGGCCUGCCUCACUGCGGGUUCUGGAAAGCUGAGCAAGCCCUGUGUGUUACUUUUACACCUGAUCAUUGUUACCCAAGGAGCCUUUUCCAGUUUCAAAUAAUAAAAAGCAAAGUUUUGUGAACUUA